AUGGCACAUGAUAUUAUCGGAAAGUCCAACAUCGAGACGCAAAAAUUGUUAGCUACCAAUAUGAGAGACGCGCCCAAGUACGAGCAGCAGCAACACCAGUCAGGCCAGCGAGAGACUAUGCGAGUCUGCAAAGUGAGGCAGAAUCAUCAUGAGCGCUUGGGUGGAGAUAGCUCAUCACAGCAAGACAAGAAAGAAGUUGACCAAGAUGCGAAGCAGCGUUUACUACGCAGUAGUCCCCUUACGCAUGGUUGUGUUGACGAGCAUGUUGAUGCUGCGCGGCAGUUCUGUAUUGAGGAGAAUGGGGGACGAAGAGGAAGAAGCGAAGAUAACUUACGUCGGUUGAAGGAAGCGGUAAAGAUGUAUCUCCCCGAGAAUUACGACUUCGAAAUGGAGAAGGCGGUGCAGCGUAUUAGUGCUGUAGGUGCGAAACAUGUGGCUCUCCAAAUGCCCGAGGGUCUAAUGCGUUGGGCACUGCAGUUGGCAGCAAUAAUCAAGACAUUUGCUGCUUCAGUUCGUGAAGUAACAAUACUGGCAGAUGUCACUUAUGGUGCAUGUUGCAUUGAUGACUUAACUCCAGCAGCUCUUGCGUGUGACUUUCUUAUUCACUACGGCCACUCGUGUUUAGUACCCCUAUCACAUCAUCGUGCUCCGCAUGCGGAAAUUGCUUCUACUACUGCUACUACCUCUACUACUAGUACAAUCGGCAGUAAGAAUGCGUCUGCUGGAGAAACGCUCAAGUUACUUGGCUGUUUGUAUGUAUUUGUCGAUAUACUACUUGACCCGCUUCCUUUAUGUGAAAUCCUCAAAACCAAUUUUUCUCGCAGUCGUCGACUCGCGCUUCUUGGAACUAUCCAAUACGCUAAAUUCAUCCUUGCCGUAAAGAAGCGACUGAAACAAGACGGUCAUUUUCGUGUAGACCCCCUCAUACCACAGAGAGCGCCACUGACAGCAGGAGAAGUUCUCGGCUGCACAGCACCGAAGCUGCCUGCAGCGGCUGCUGAUACAGCACCGGGAAUGGAUGUCAUAGAAGGCGAGAAAGCACCAGCGGCAAGCGAAAUAGCAACAGUUGAUAAUUUUGAUAAUGCAACGGAGAGCCAAGUCGUCGGAGGCUGUAGCCAUCAUGGGUUGAUGAGGAGACAUGAGGGAAAGAGCUGUCUCCAGCAGACAGCGACUAUGAAGAAAACCCCACACAUUAUUAUCGAACGAGCAAGAGCAGCAGUAAGAGCAUCAGCAGCAGAAAAAGUCAAGCGUGUAGGUAACUCUCUUCAAGAAAAUUCAGAACCUUCAGAGGAUGUGGAGGACGUAGGCCGCAGUGCAAGAGGAGUAGCAGCAGCAACAGAUGACUUGGUGCAGCAGCUGCAGCUGCUUUCCCUGAGCACCAACAAUACAGCAAAACGGGAAUCGCAAGUGCGAGAUGAGCACACCACGCCCACAGAUAGCUGCAACCAAAGCACCGGCAGCAGCAGCAGCAGCUACCACAACAGCACCGCCUACGACAGCAGCAACAGCACUAGCAGCAACAGCAGUAGAAGGAACAGCACUAGCAGCAACAGCAGUAGUAGCAACAGCACUAGCAGCAACAGCGAUGGCGCCAGCAGCAGUGGUAUGAGUAGCAAGAAGGGGGUGGUGGCUUUGUAUGAUUACAAUAGCUCUCUAGUGUGUACACGUAGAACAGCAGACGGAGGACAGCCGAAUGCAGGCGAAGUAGUAGUAGACGAUGUCGUUUUUGUUGCUGAUGGACGCUUUCAUUUGGAAGCAUGUAUGAUACAAAAUCCUACUCUGAAGUUUUUUCGAUAUGACCCUUUCGUCAAGAGGCUCUUCCGCGAGUCAUACCAUACGACAUCGAAAGGCUCCACCGCAACAGAAAAGGCAGCAAUACAGACAGCACGAUGUGCUCGGUCCGUCGCGUUGCUGCUCAGCACUCUGGGAAGACAAGGCAGCGUAGGCGUGCUGGAAGACCUUCAGAAGCUGCUGGAGAAACGUGGGCUACCGUACUGCGUGGUGCUUUUCAGCGAACUGACUCCGUACAAACUGAAGCGCCUGGGGAAGCGUGUUGACUGUUUCAUUCAGGUUGCCUGUCCUCGAUUAUCUAUCGACUGGGGAACGGGAUACGCUACCGGCGGUCGGCCGCUGUUAACACCUAACGAAGCGCACGUUGCGUUUGGACAGCAGCCGUAUUUGGAUGUCUAUCCGAUGGACUACUACAGCCGUGACGGGGGCUUGUGGACAAAUUACAACCCAUCGGGGUAAGGACCGGGGCAUCGAAGCGGCAGUUUGGCUCCUGCCCUCUCCGUGCAGGAUCGCAAAGCGCAACUGCGCGCACGCUUACUUUCUCGCCAGCAAGGGCGUGCGCAGCAGCGUCAGUGGAAGUUAAGCUAG